GCCAACUUGGCAUCUCCGAUUUGGCCCAGCUGUUCCGAAGCCAGAAAGAAACAGUGAAAAGGGAGAAAUUACAUAAAAAUACACACUGACCGGCAUUUUUGAGGACUUCCCGAAGCUUCGGCAGAAAAUUUGACCCGCUCAGCCCUACGGGAGACUUGGAGCUGUGACCAAAGCAUGAGUGGUUACCAAUAUCUGGACGUGAAGCUAAAACUCCGUGAUCCAGAGUCGGUAACAUUGACGCCCGUCUUCCUCUGCGGCUGCAUUCUCAAUUCCCUGGCGAGUGUUUUUGGGGAAAUUGGUGGCCAGACCUCUGUGAAGAUUGUGAAAUUCAGCGCCUCGCAGCAGCGUUCCGUGUUCCGGGUGCCCGAGAACUUCCUGCAACGCGUCCGCAUUGCAUUAUCUUUGAUUGGUUACUACCAGGAGGUGCCCUGCCAUUUCCAAGUGCUCAGCACAUCCCCCAAGCGGAUUGAUUUCGAGGAUUCAGAGGAGGAAGUCAUAGCAUUUAUAUAG